AUGAUAAACAAAAUCCUUCUGAUAAUGGAUCCUUGUGGUCUCGUUUUCUGUUUCAAUACAUAUUCUUAUUGAUAUUCAUUAUUCCUCCCACUUAAAGUUUACAUCCUUUAACAGGGCAUCAUAACCAGAUCAUUAAAAGCAUGAAAUAUUUUGCCAAAUCAAUUUUCAAUCAUUAAAAUGGUUAAUGCUGUCCGCUAUAUAACAUUUCGAGGGUUGAUGAAACAGCGAUAGACAUCCGCCGCUAUCAAUACCUCCUCAACGAGUAAUUGAUAAAAAUUUUUCACCUCAGAAAAAAAUUGCUUAAACUACCACAAACUAGCGUAUCAUUAAGCGACCCAUUCUCAAAAUUUUCCUCGUGGAAAAUCUGAAGACAGUCUAAGAAGUAAUCAAUAGCUCGUAACCCGAUGGAUAAAUUUUCUUUCAGCUUCAAAAGAAACCAAUUCAAAGAAAGUAAGAUUUAUAUGUUGUUUAUCAAUUUAUCAGCAUCUUCAAAAUAAAUUUGAACACUGUAUGCCACAAAUUUGGUAAAAGUGCUAUAAGCCAAUAUUUAGAUUUGUCCGAUUUGCUUUGAAAAUUAAAUCAAGUUAAUUACAGCACUGUAAAGUGGCCAAUCUUUUUUCUGGCAAUUCUGUCUUUCUGUAUUUUAUCCCUACUCGUACUCUACUUUAAAAUGACCAAACUUAUCUUCAACUGCGGAUUACUUUUAAAACUACGCAGCCCUACCCUUUGUUUAUCAGUCAGGAGAUACGCGCAACCGAUAACCGAAGGUACAAACGAAUAUUCGUUUAACUUUGCAAAAAGUAGACGAUGUUCAACGAAUAUUUCUAUCCCUUUUGUUCGUGAAUUUAUUCAUUUGUUUUACGUGAUUCAGGUUUCAACAGUGAAGACGAAUGUUCGCCAAGUAUAAUUUCCUGUCCAUAUGCGCGUAUGGGCUGUCAAACGAAGGUGAAAAAAGACAGUCGUAGAUGUUAAGAGUAAAUUGUUACAUGGCUGUUUCCAAGAUAGAUGAAAUAACCAGGAAGUAUAUGAAUCCAGCAGUCUAUACAUCUAUGCAUGCAACCGCAUUCUAGUCACUCUGAGCUUUAUUGCAUCAAGUAAAUGUUCCCAAAGUAACAAUAAAUUUACGCCAAACAGAGAAAUUCCCUCUACUUCCUACUUUUUUUUUUCUUUUUUUACGUGUCGUGUUGAAGGUUGCUGCAUAAAGGCUGCCAAUGGAAAAUUGCCGUGAUUUUGGGCUUCAAAGACUUCGGGAACGGAACCACUUGAAAUUAAUGCGAAAAAUAGAAAUUCUUGUUCUCCCGGUUUUCAAAACUUCAUACAGAAAUCCAUAUUUCAAAUGUUCACAGUCCCACUAUCCACUUUCAUCUGUUUGAGAAUAAAAACCAAUAAAUUCUCUCAGUAUUUGACCAAACUCAUUUAAUGACUCCCUGGAACUAACAUUCGAUGACAAGAAAUCCGAGUCCUGUAUUGAAGAGGCUAUGUAAUAAGAGAUUCUUCUAUUCUUGUAUAUUCAACGACAAGCAGCGGAAUCUCAUCUAGAAUCUGCCACAAGAGUCCAUCUUGACUUAGUUAGCGUCAAGUUGCGUGGAACAGAAGUGAAGUAUGGGUAUAGAGAAGUCAAGCUGAACAACACAGAAUCGAAGCUAAAGGAAGCCGUGGAAUUAUAGCACACAACAACUCUUAUUUGGAAGAUUGACGGUUACAAUGAAGCUCUGAGACAAGCAAAGGUGAUUAACUUUUUUUUCCUAGAGGGCGCAGCACAUUUCUGUGCGUGAAAUGAAAUGAUGAAUUAAGAUAAGCUUGUUUGAAUUUCCGCUGGAACCUGGUACAUUAUUGUAAGGAGAGAUAAACAUUUUAUGAAAUAGGGGAGUCACUGACCUUGUUUCUAUGUAUGAUAAAUAAAUAACGAAAUACAAGACGCUGACGAAAACGUUCGAUUCUCUAUCAUUUGCCUACACAUUGGAAAAACGAGUAGUAUGUUUUUUGUUUUUGCUUUUUUUUUUGCGUAUCUAUUUUCAUUAUUAUUAAUAUUACUAUUUUACUUUUAUUAACUUCGGAAUCACGCAGGCAGAUUUCAUCCAACUGAUCGCCUUUCAUGUUGCAGAUUAUACAUUUCAAUGACAUGCAGGUUACUUUCGGUCGCAAAUAGAUCUAAUUUCGGAAUCAAUGGCUCUGACGAAGGGCUAACGCUCGAGACGUCAGCUUUGAAACUCUUUACAGUUGCCAAUUUUCGUUAUCAACUCAGUUGAUAAUACUAAAUUACCCUGUUAUACUCUCCUACCGACGCAGCAUCGCAGUUUCUUAAUUUCGGAAUGAGCUGUACUACCCAAUAGAGCUACUCCUUGCAUCCUACUAAAUUACUUUACAACUAACGAUGGGUUUCUCUGAAAUCCAUAAAGAAAAAAUUGUUUUCAAAAUAGCGAAAUUGAGAAAUUGGAAUUUUAUCACUGGUGAUGCACGCCGCCAGACCACCGCUAGGUUACUAGUAAAUCUAGGUGGUCUACCUUACAAAGGAUCUUCGACAUUUCUAAACAUCUAUCUUUGGGUAGAACUCGCGUUACAAUGAGUGGUUUUCAUAACUUAGCAGUAGGUUUCAUUGCCCUUAAUUGUAAUAAAACAAAUGCUGUUCUUGACAACAGUAUUCGAAAAAAGUGUAUGAAAUGAAAAAUGAAAAAAAAACAGUAAUAAUAAAAACAGUGUCUGACGUUUCGACAAACUUAGUGAAAGUCAUUAUCUAAAACAAGCCAAGAAUGUUUUGGCGAAAAACACUAAUUCUUACCAAUCGCAAUAUCUGGGAGAAUGCUUUAGAAAGACUCAAAUUUUUACUCAUCUGCAGUCAAAUGUAAUGAACCAUCUACAUGUCCGUAUAUUCUUUAGCGUUGACUUAACGGCUGAUAUAACACGUUAAUUCUAAAACAAAUAUGCUGAGGGAUGUUACUUAGCUGUGGAUCAGCAGACCGCGGAACCGCGUAAUUUUAAACAAAUAUGGCGCACGCUGAGGUCAGCAAUUUCCCGGUGGAAUUUGAAAUUUUAGUCAAGAGAAUACGAGUUGAAGACACUGAAGCCUACCAGAAGAUGAUGAGAAUGAAAUACGAACCAUUUUGCGAAAUUUUUACAGCCAUUUUAGUCAUUUGACCAUUUGCCAUUUCGGUUUGAGCCCGUACGUGGUAAAGCUAGUGACCGAAAACUAUCAUUCAUUAUAAUCUGCUUGUUCAAACAACAAAAACUAUCAUCAACUAUCACGUCAAAUUUGAAGAUGUCCAGACUACAUGAUAGCUGAUGAUGGUUGAUGAUAGUCGAUGAUAAUGCAUACAAGAGUUCGUGUUCAAACGCGCGCGAUAGAUGAAACUACCAUCAACUAUCAUGACCGUUUGAACGAGGCUUAAGGCUGGAAUCAGUUCAUUGUACGUAACACUAAAAUGAGGAACACGAGCGUAAAUUAACAUCAUCGCCCGUGAUACUCGUAGAAUUUCAGUGCGAUCAGGGAGUCUGAAGCGAAUUUACAGCAUUUUUCUUCCAGUGGAUUCGUUUGGUUGGCGUUACCCACAGACGUAUCUUAGAAAUGAUUAUAUAGAGAGCAAAGCAGAUUAACUAAAACCGAGCUAAAUUGCACUUAAUCAGCCCAAAAAUUUACACGAUGCAAAGGAACAACCAUUUGAGCAAGUCAAAUUUGUUCUUAUUCAAAACUAGAACUUUUAAAGGUCUAGAGCGUGACGGUUUCACUAUAAAAACAUAUUUCUCUUUUAAAGUUAUCUUCUUUAUACCCGAAAACGAAAUUUCGAACAGCGUCAAGGUAUUUUUAGGUUAUAUUUUAUUUCAUUACAAUUUUUUUCUCCAAAAAUUAAUGGUUCCGCAGGUUCGGGUGGUUCCGGAGGUUCCACAGGUUCCACUAGCUCUGGAGGUUCCGCGGUCUAGUGAUCAACAGUUUCGUAACACCCCAUGCUUCAGCGAAAAGAAGAAUUAAAGACAUAUCAAGGGGGUUCAUUGCAUACUCUACCCUAACCAGAUAGAUUUUUUUAAUGAUUUUUAUAGGUAAAAGGCAUAGCACGGUUUUGAGGAAAGCAUUUCCCAAAAAUGUGGCCUGGGUUCAAUUCCGAGACCUCCACUUACAUGUGGGUUGAGAGAAAACACUCACAAUUUCUAAUUCGACUUGAAUGUGCCAUUGCAAUAAACAAUAAACUAUGGCUUAUUUAUUCAUUCAUGAAUUGAAUGAUUAAUUGUUGAUGGAAUGAUGGAUUGGUGGAUUUUCUUUCAUCUGAAAUGUUUACGUUUCAUUUGGUUUGUUUUGUCUCUUGGGGCAUUUUACGUGAUCUGAAGCACGCUCCGUAUGAUACACGCGUGUGUGAUCAAAGUCGUUUCUAUGAACAAUUUGUUUUUAGAUCAGCGAACCUGAAGGAAGUAUAGUGAAUAUACGCGUUAAACCUUGGAGCUGAACGAUUUCUAGGCUUAUGGCUAAAAGUUCCUUAUUAAAAUAAGAAUUUAAUGAAAUAUACAAGCUUAGCUUUCAGCAGUAAGAGAGCAAUUGCAAACAAUUUUUCAUCUCCGGUAACCUUUUCAUAUCUUAAUUUAAAAUCUUCCUUGAGUGGCCUUUUUGUAACUGACAUCAUAAGUGAAAAGGUGACAAUGUGACUCAUUUGUCUCAACUCUGAAUGACACGGUGCAGCCAGUUUAAACGGUAACUACUAGAGACAUAAAUCAAAUUUUAAAAGGCUAUUAUAGUUUUCAAUACUGAUAUGAAAUUCCUUCUAUCCUAAAAAAAAAAAAAAAAAGCUGUUUCACCUUUUGACAUGAGAUUAUAAUCUUUUACCUUCGAUUAGUCUAUUAGGAACUCAACUCAAAGCGAUUUUCUCAGCUCGGGAUAACGUUUUCUUACCAGAUUUCUGAACCUCAAGAGCUAAACAAAUUUCAUUUGAUAUAAAGGAAAAAGUCAAAUUCUAACUUCUUUAUCUUGUCGAUAAUUUUUUGGACGCUAAAAAUUCGCGAAAAAAAAACUUAAACUUUCGGUCAGCUUGUUUUCUUAGCUCAGGAUUGCAUUUAGGGACGGAAAGAAAGUUGUUGUUAUUUCAAAUAAGUAGAAUGACAAGUACAAGAGCACUUCAUUCACAAGUUUAAUUUAAACACUGCAAAAAAUUAAAUUUCGAGGCUAUAUCACCGGCGUGAUAUAUAGGUUAAGAGGAGAAAUUUCAUAAUUACACAUGCAACACGCUUGGUAAAUUUCAGUAAAAAACGUUUUCCUGUUAGGCAACAAUAGGAACCGAACACCUCGCUUUCUGAAAUUCCGAAAACGUUAAUAUUUUGCCGAGGUCCGCAGGAAUUAAAUGAGCAUUUCAGUGUGUGUAAAAGAUUAACAAGAUCUCGAUAAACUGCAUUGAUACCCCCCGAAAAAGGGCAAAAGAACAAAGUCUACCACAGCAGCACGGUUCUUCCACCCACGCAACUCAUAACUGAGUCAAACCACAUCAGAUUCAGAGAGCACCGUAAUGUUUCAUCGUUUUAUAUGCCGUUAUUUUGUCGUGUUAUUGGGAGUACCGUUGUCUCUUUUGGGACAUGAUGAUGGGACAUCUCCUCCAGGAGGUAAGAUUUCUUUUGCCUAUAGGCAAAUCAAACAUUCCUUUAAUUACACGCUUUUAAAUCGUCCGCAAUUAAAAUAUGUCUUGGGGUUCAGAGAGCACUGAUAGCAGCCAUCGCUGCUGUUAUGAAAAUACACACAAGACAUCAUCUCCUGAGUGGACGUACCCGGUGGUAUAGUUCGAAAUAUUGUGGGGCAGAAUUUGAAGAAUCAUACAGUGAGUCUGUAACACUGUUUUGAUUGAUAUUUCCUGUUUCCUUGCAGGAACACCGGUUUUGAAGCAAAAGUUCACCUUUUCAUCCAAGACUUUCAAACAAAGUUUUUUAUCAAUAGACGAAUACUUUUAUCUCACUGCGCCUAAGGUUGGAACAUUCGCGGUAUUCGACGACUUCGAAUGCAUCUUUUCAUGCCUGAGGAAUCCUUCAUGCUGGUCAAUAAACUUGGCGGCGGCAAAGAAACGCGAUGCAAAGAUUUGGUGUGAGUUGCUGUCUUCUCAUAAGCAUAGAUUUCCUGAGGAAUUCAGAGAAAAUAGUACUUCACAUCACAUUUCCAUUAUGGUAGGGCUUUUUCCAACACACACUAUUAUAAUACAGUGUAGUUUAAUUUCUAUGAAUUCAAGUUCUUUGUCACUAAACAUUUCUGCCCGUAAAGGCGAAGAAGUGACUCGUAUCUAUUCAAUUGAUGAGUGUGGUAUGUGUAAGUUUUGUCCUUCUUCUUUUGGUAGUCUCCAUGUUUUUCCUCCCCAUGCCAUAACGGUGGUAGCUGUGUGACAGGCCACAGAGAUCACUCGUUUGAAUGUGUAUGUAAAAAUGGCUUUUUCGGAGAAUAUUGCGAGAAAGGUUUGUGCGCUUUCUUAAUUUGCUGUGAUUCCAUUGAUAUUGACAACGUUUGCUUUUUUUUUCUGUUUUUCAAUUGUGCAAUACCAUUUUAUAUUUUAACUCAGAAUAAGCCCACACCUUCAAAGUUCAGAGGCAUUGCUCAGGGGAGGGGUCCACGGGUGCAUGUGACAACCCCCACCGCCACAGAAUGAUUAUUUACAAAUUAUCGCAACCAAGCUCACUUCAACUACCAAUCAGAUGCUCAUGUAUAGAUUUCAAAAAGAAAGCAGAGCUUUCACUUUGGAGCUGAUGAAGACCCUUCCCACAUCUCAGACUAUAAGAAAGUUUUACUGUUCGGCAUUGAACCAUCAACCUUCGUUUAAAUUGAAUUGACUAAACUAUUUACUACAGACAUAACUUGAGAUACCAACUCGAAGUCCAUUUCGAAUACAAACCCUAACAUGAGCUCGAACACAUUCAUUUCGAGGCUGUUACUUAAAAACCACGCUUUUCACUUCUUUUCCGUUCCUAACGAUAUAAUGUACUUCUCAGAUCAUCUUUUUAUCUUCCAGCUGUAAAAUCAUGCAAGGAGGUAUAUGAUGCAUCCAAGUAAGUGACAAUAACUGCUUGCACUUUUAAACCGAUUUAUCCUGAAAUUUCCUCACCUAUGACGCUGAAGACACAGAUGUGACCAGGUGUUUGGAAUCGCUUUGGACCCGCAAAUAAUAUUUCAUAGAGUUUACAGCGAAAAUAUUAAUGUUAUAAAUUUGUUUAAUGAAGAUAAAUAAUUACUUCCUUACCUUCUCGAACUCAACUUUAACAGAUCAAAUACGAGUAAACUGGUUUCCCUUCAUCUGGGCUCACAGCCAAUUACAGUUCUUUGUCACAUGGGAGAUUUUGGAUGCGGACAUGGAGGAUGGACACCAGUAAUGAAGAUUAACGGCAACAAGGUACCGUGCGGAAUUGAUUUUCUAUCGAUUGCGUGUUAUGAUCGACCACUUGAGAGAUAUUUUUCAAUAGUUACUGACUGACUUAUUGACAACGAGGGCGACUUCCGCUCUCUGUUCACAUCUCCUUUACUAAGAGGAAAGAUACUAUAUGUCAAAUAGUUUGGGGGGGUAGGAUCGUCUCAAACUUUCUAAAAACGAUCAGGAUAAUACGGUAGAUAAUUAAAAAACCAGAAAUAAAUUUAUAUCAUAUUAUAAAUUAUUCUCCCAGAGUACCUUUCACUUUGAUUCUGGUUACUGGAGCAAUAAAACUGAAUACAACGCUGUUGGAGGAGAGACUGGAUUCGACUCACAAGAGACCAAGUUGCCUACUUACUUGAACACAUCCUUCUCAAAGAUCUGUCUCGGUAUGAAGAUCGGUGAACAGAUCAGAUUCAUUGUAAUCAAUAUGAAGGCCAGCUCUCUUUACUCAUUGAUCGCAGACGGGAGAUACCGAAAUACCUCGUUGGGUCGUGACUCGUGGAAGACACUCAUUGGCUUAGAGGCCUCGUUGCAGUUUGACUGUAACAAGGAAGGAUUUAAUGUUAUGUGUGGCAAGUCUCAUUACUCCAAAGCGAGAAUCGGCAUCGCUACUAACAACCAGAAUAGUUGCGACUCCUGCGACUCCAGGAUUGGGUUUGGUACAGGAGGGCAAUUUGAUGACAAUAACACGUGUGGAAACGAGGCUGCUCGUAAACCGGAUAAUGGAGAUAAACACAUCAAAGCCAUGGGUUACAUUUUGGUGCACUGAAACCAAAGAAACACACGGAAAGUUCAUUCAAAUGUAAAGAUUAGAUUCAGAAUGAUUCAGACUUCGGAAAAUUUAGUAAAUACAAGCGUUUUCCAAAAUCGUAAAAGAUGUGCGUUUUUUAAUUAGUGGUAUAUACUUCAAAGACUGCAAUUUUAUUCGAGAUGUUUCGGUAAUUAUCUGAGACAUAAAUCAAAGUUUAAGAAGCCUUGAGAGGUUCCAAUUCUGAUAUCACUCUACUUUAUGAAAAGUUUCAUUUAGGCUAACAAUUUUUGGAAUGACAAGUUUACACUCAACGUGAUUUUCAUCCGGCUUAACAAAUUUUUCCCCUGAAAUCUAAACCUCAACAGCCGAAAAAACACAUCUAAUCGAGAGGAAAUAGUAAAACUCCUAUUUCUUGACAAAGAUUCUCCUUCUUCAAUACUUUUGCGGCCAUGAAAUGUAGGGAAUAUAAAAGGGCGGAAACAAAUUAACCGUAGACUGAUGACAAAUGCAAGAGAAAUUCAACCACAUGUUUGAUUUAAACACUGCCGCGCGAAAUCUGUAAAAAGAAAGCAACCCUGCAUCUUCAUCUUUCGUACAUGAUGCCUGGUAAAUGAGAGUAGAAAGCGUUUUUAUGGUUAAUUAAGAAUGAGAAGCGAGCAACACGCUCUUUGGAAAUCCAAACACCAUUGGUAUUAGGCUGAUGUUCGUGGAGAAAUAUGGCUUCCAAGAAGUAUUAAGACAACAAUCUAGACCUCCUUUAAUUGUAUUAAAAUCCGCAUUUAAGGACAGACUAGCUCAGCAGCAAGGUUCACCUACCCACGCAAACUGGUAACCUAGUGAAAUAGCAUUAGAUCCAAGCAGCACCGCAAUGUUUCAUUCUUUCAUCGGCCGAUGUUUGGUUAUUUUAUUCCGAGUAGUGUUUUGUCUCUUUUGGGAAGUGAUGACGGGAGCUCUUCUCCGGAUAAGAGUCGAUUAGACUUUUCGAGAAUUAAGCAAUCUUCUUAAUGCGCUUUUUCAAAUCGUUCUUACAUCUUCAGAUUUGAAAAACACCGGUAGCAUUCACCCAUUCACAAGUGCUCUGAUAGAGAUACAAAACCAGACAAAUUUUCCAGGAUAAAGCCUUUUUUUGGUUUAAAGUUUUCCUUGAAUUAAAAUUUUUCGAACAUGUAUUGUCCGGAUUUUAAUCUUUACCACAAUUUUGAAAAAAACAAACAAACAAACAAAUCGUUUUCUGUCUCUUAGGGUGGCUAUGCAGAGGGAUUUUUCGAUCCUGUCAUUCUUUCCAUGUCUCCGCCCUCAAUAUUCCACGAAACAGUUUUCCAUAAGCCCAUUCUUUUUCCCUUUUCCUCUGAGUCUCUUGACUCAUCGAAAGUAGGCUUUUUCACCUAGAUACAAAAAUCAGGCACUCGUGGGGAAUAUAUACCUAAUAUUAAUUCCUGUUGUUUCAUGCAAGAAAAAUAGAAUGUCUGAAAUGGCUGCAGAAAUACUCGCUGAUACGAAACAACAGCUGAAGAGAGGAGAGAGAGAAGAGACACAGAGGAGUCUGCAAUAUCGUUUGAAGCCAGCGUCGAAAGAGAAGCGACCCUGAAGAUUUGGAUAACAAUAAAAAAAAUUUGUCUUUCAAUAUGGCGCCUAUUUGCUUCUUUGCAGAAAUACCAGUGUCGGAACACAAGUUCACCUUUUCAUCCCACACUUACAAACAGUCUUUUAUUGAUAGAUGAAUAUUUCAUCUCACUGCGCCUAAGAUUGGAACAUUCGUGACAUUCGACGACUUCGGUGAUUAUGCCAUUUGUAGUAUACAUUACACAAACUUUCUUAUCGGGCAUUAUUAUGAAGAAAAGUUUUCCCCAUGAUAAAUUUAAAAUUUCUGCCGUAAUCUUUUUUUUCCUUCUUUCGUUAGUCUCCAUGUUUUCCCUUUCCGUGCUACAAUGGUGGUAGCUGUGUGACAAGCUGUACAGAUAACACUUUUGAAUGUCUUUAAAAAAAGCUUCAUAGGCGAAUAUUACGGGACAGGCACUCUCAGCGGUUGUGAUUGCAACUGUAGUUUGCAACAUGUUUCAUCUCAGACGCUCAUUUAGUCUAAAUGUGCAGCAAUAAAUUGUCAAGUUGCGAAUAAACUGAAUUAUCUUCAUUGACUCUAAACUUGAAGUUCAAUUAAAAGUUCAACUCGAAGUUCAAAAUCUAACUAGCGCUCGAAUUCAGACUCGAUGAUUCGGAAUUCACCCAGAACAAAUCUGGAUACCUUAGUCUACCAUAGAUCUUACAAAUAUCGUAUUUUCUCACGUGUGUUUGAUAUCGCCAAUCAGCUACUGACACGUCACUCUCCUUUCGCGCCACUCAGUCAAGUUGAUGAAUAAACGGCGAAGCCAUUACUAUUCUCAAUCCAAGGUCGUUUGUCGGAAUUUUUUCGGAUAAUGGCCGCUCAAACACUGAAAAUAUCAAUAUCGCUCGCAGACAGUGACGUUCAAACUUUCCUAGAAGAGGAAAAAAACCAAUAAACGGAAAGGAAAACCGAAAGUUACGUAUUCAGUGGUUUUGGCAAUGACAUUUCUCGCGGCUGAGAACGAAAAUCGACAAUCGACAAUCGACAAUCGACAAUCGACAAUCGACAAUCGACAAUCGACAAUCGACAACCUAUUUUAGCCGUGUACCUGUCGGUAAGGAACAAGUCAAAACCGGAGAAUUUUGUAUAUUGAAAAUUACGCCCAUCGUUUGGUUUUGUAUUGUUUCAACGCAUUUUUUCAUCUUGAACCUUAGCGCCAACGCACUUUACGAUUUUCAUUCGGGGAUUGUCGAACACUCGAAGAGAAAUUCCAUAUCCACGCGCGCCCAUGUAUUAUUCGCUGUUCCUCGCUCCGGAAUAGAUAAUGGAGAUAAACACAUCAAAGCAAUCGGACGCAUUUUAGUUUAUUGAGAACAAAACGAAAUAAAAAUGGUCAGGAAAAGAAAGCGCGCUCGUUUAAAAGGUUACGGUUGGAAUCAUAACGAUUCGAAAGUUUGAAUGGAAAGAAGAUUAAAGAGAGCUUUUCAACUGUAAUAGUGUGAGAUUCUUAUUCUUGUCAUUUUCAAUGGUCACUCUUCAAUUUUGCCGAGGCUUUUGUAUGUAGAAUUGUAAAUCUAAGAUUACUUUGGCACAUUUUCUUUGCCGAGUGCAAUUCUCGGGGAGACUCAAAGCUGAUAUAUUAGAAAACGAAACUCGCCAAAGUUAAGACACCGAUGUCGAGAAAAAUUUCAAUGAAAUUAAUAUUUACCUUAACUUUUUCACAACUUCUAAAGAAAAUGUAUAAGUGAAAUUUCGUCUUUGUAAUUUUUCCUUAUUAAGACUUUUGAAUGCGGUCUACAGCACAGACGAUUGAGGCUUCUGACUUCCGUAUAACGUGGUUCCAAAAUUUUCACCAAUCUUCAAUGGACCCGAUGCUUCCAAAUUAUGGAAAAACAAACAAUCGCGUUUUUUAACCAAUUUGCUGUCAUGUUGACAGGAUAUCUCUGGAUAAAAUUUCACUGGGGUAAAAAUACUUUAGUCAGCUUGUAUUUGGCGUGCGAUGACGAUAUUUACAAUUGGCGUAGGAAUCAGUCAAAGGAUAUUAGUUUGAUGCCACCGCCGCCAAAAUUUGGAAAACGCGAAACUAUUGCCAAUUUUUGACUUGCAAAAAACUGGAAAAUAGCUGAAUUCACCUUAGUGCGACCCGGCUCUAAGAAUCCAAUUAUCUCCCGGAUCACAUAUAAGAAAGUUAAAGAAACCAUCUUUCGCAAUUAUUUUUUAAAUUGGAGGUCGCACUUAUUUUACGCUACUUGCUGACAGAUUUUCAUUUGAACAAACAAAAAAAGCUCGAAAUUAAGACAUUGUCUUUCAGUGACAUUUUCCAAGUGUACCAAGCCAUUGGAUCAAGACAAGAGCGGCUGAAUAUCAUAUAAAUUACCUCACGUAUGAAGAUAACAUAUAUCACAAGCAGAAGUCAAAACUCCUUUCACUUUACAGCGUCAGACUCACUCCUGGUGGAUGACCACUGAUCGUUCGCUCGCGCAGAAGCCAUCAUGUUCACAAUUUUCCAUCUGCUCUUCCUGGCAUCUCUUGCAGCCAAAUCUUUUACAGGUUUGAUUGUCUUUAUUUCCUAUAUGAUAUUUUAGUUUUUUAAGCAGUUUUCACUAUUAGAACCUGUUGAGUUAUUAGCUUCACACAUUAUCAAGAAAACCAGACAUUUUUUGAGUUGCGGCACAAGUCGUGGGGAUAAACUUUUUUUUUAGGCAAAGAAGUCAAUCAAUUUUUGUCAUCAUUAUUAUUUUCUUCUUGCUGAAACUAGUGGGAAGAACGAGAGGGGCUGAAAAGAAAAAGGAACGAAAAGUAGCCUAAAAAACAUUUUAACAAGUAGAUAAAGUAUGAAAUUGAGAUAGCACAAUUGUGUUGCUUUUAAAGUUCAAAUGAGCCGAAGUGAUCAGUGCUCAUGACAAAACUAACUCAAACAGCUGACCAAAAUAGAUGCCUUUAAAAAAUGUGCGGAGCAAAGAAUAUUCGGUGCACAUGAGUAAAGGAAACUUAAUGGUUUAACAUCAUUACCGAGACUUUCUAUUCCUUUUUCGCUAAUUAAUGCAGGCAGCUAAAGUGGCGAAAAUAAAAUUGAUGCUUUUAUCAUUUAGCUAAAAAAACAGGUUUUUAAGGAAACUAACACUGACCCAAAACAAACAAAAGAAUGGUUGUCUGAUCCAAAUGUUUUCCCGAUUUUUCAAGUCCCCGCUGAUAAUUGGAAACCUAUGAUAUUUAACCGUUCGCCCUUUCAGAUGAUUCACAAUCGCUUUCUCGAACUUUGAAUAUCUAGAAACCGGAAAAAGGUUUUAGCCACAUGAAAAUGCUCCUUGUAACAAUCAUCAAGGUCCCGACUAAGUGCUUUCAAGCCGUAUUUUACGAGGGAACAAGUGACAAGUCUGCCAUUAAGUCACGACAGACUAAACACCCCUUUUUACAUAAUAGAAGUGCCUGAAAUUGCUGUAAGUCAAAAAAGGAACGUUUCGUUUGAAUUUUUGUCCUAGCACAUUGGUAAAACCUUUCAAAGUCUUCAAAGGGAGGUGAGUUUCCUGGUAAAAACAAAUAAAGGUUUAGUGGCCGUUCUGCAGUUCGGCUGAAUGAGCUACAAAUGAUAAUUUGUCAACUCGAAAUUGUAUCAAUUAUUGGCUUUAAGUUUGUUACAUUUUUUGCAAGUAGAGAUGAUUCAAGAUAUUUCAUCAUCGCCUACGAAGGUGGAUUUGUCUCUAACUGAAUUCAAACUCAGAGUUUCAGUUUUCACAAAAUUAUACAAACAAAUAUAUAUUGGGCCAGUGAACAUACAUUCACAUUAGGAAGUAAGAUGUUUCAGAAGAAAUCUUGGCCCAAUUUCAGAUCUAAUUUUAAGAACUGACACAAUUAAAUGAAAUAUGUUAUAUUCUGAAAGGGGUCGCAGGGAUGUUUCUAAAACUAGUAUUGGAGGUCAGUUAACUAAUAACUGUGAAUAAAAAGCUCAAAAUUUACGAGGAAAAUGGAGAAAAUCAAAGCCAAAUGAACUCAAGUGUCACUGAAAAAUGUUUUAAAAGUCAAAGACCCGAAGUUAUAAAGACAAAUUUGCAAAACAUGAAACUUGCGAGUUUUUUUCGCUUUAUUUUUGUUGCUUGUUGGAUCAGGACCUAAAAGGUCAAUGCCGAUAGAAAAGUUGGGCAGUUCUUCGCUAGUUUCUUCCAUAUUUCAAAGAGAAGGAAAACUGCGCUGCAGCUUAACAGGACGGAACUCUGAAGCCAGAUAACAAAAAUGCUCACGUCAUCUUAUUUAGGCACGGGUGUGCGUAAAUAAAGAUUUUGUUCAUAGAGGCUCAAUAGGACUUAUAUAGGGCAAGCACGUGCGCUUUGUUAUAAAUGCUCAUUGCUAAAAGGGUUCAACUUCCAGCUUCGUUUUUCUUUUCGUUCGGUUGCAAAUCGCUGUCGAGUCCUUGAAACGCAUGGCUGCUUGGGAAAGACUCACAUUUUUACUCAUAUGCAGUCGAAUAUAAUAAACCAACUACAUGUCCGUAUAUUAAUUGUCGUUGACUUAACGGCUGUUAUAACAUGCCUAAUUUUAAAACAAACAUGCUGAGGGGUGUUACUGAGCUGUGGAUCAGCAGACCGCGGAGCCUUUGGAACCUCUGGUACCUGAUUAACCUAUGGAACCCUCAUUUUUUUCCCUUUUUUUUUUUUGGAGGAGAAAAGUAAUGGGAUAAACUAAAAAAAUCUUAACGUUGUUUGAAUCUUUGUUUUCGGGUAUAAAGUAGAAUACUUAAAAGAAAAAUAUGUUUUAACUGUCCUUGAUGUCCAACUUUAAUCGUGGCGACGUUCACAGAACUAAUACAAGGGUACGUAAUGUCAUAACGAGCAAUUAGCCGUCACCUACCGUGUUGUUAUUAAUUGAACAAAAAUUUGAAAGCUCUAAGGCUAUGGGUACGGUGAUAUUCGAAUAACGCCUCAUCCGAAGGCUCUCAGCAAACCUUUGAGCCCUGUUAAAAAGAUCAUAAUAGUUGAUGAUAGUCGACGGUAGCUCUCAUGAUAGCUGAUGAUAAUCGAUGAUAGUCGAUGAUAAUGCAUACAAAAGUUCGUGUUCAAACGCGCGCGAUAGUUUUACAUAACCUUGUAAUGAGGAACAUGAGCGUGAAUUAACAUCAUCGCCCGUGAUACCUGUAUAAUUUCGGGGCGAUCAUGGUGUCAGGAGCAAAUUUACAGCGUUUUUAUUCGGUGGAUUCGUUUGGUUUGCGUCACUCACAGACGUAUCUCGGAAAGGAUUAUGUAAAGGGCAAAGCAGAUUAACUAAAACCGAACUAAACUGCCCGAAAUCAGCCCAAACAUUUACACGAUGCAAAGGAACAACCACUUGAGCGAGGUAAAAAUGGUUUUAUUCAGAACUAGUCCAGAACUGUUAAGGGUCUAGAGCGCGACUGUUUCAGUAUUGCCAUGCAAACCCAUGUAUUUCGCCCAUCGCACAACGUGAAUAUAUUGGCGUAUUCGCAGAUGCUCACUUGGGGAACUUGGGCUUCCUGUAGUUGGACGUCAAGGUAGAGAAAAAACAUAUUUCUCUUUUAACGUUAUCUCCUUUAUAACCGAAAACGAAAUUUCGAACAGCAUUAAGGUAUUUUUAGGUUAUAUUUUAUUUCAUUACAAUUUUUUUCCAAAAAUUAAUGGUUCCGCAGGUUCGAGUGGUUCCGAAGGUUCCACAGGUUCCACUGGCUCUAGAGGUUCCGCGGUCUGCUGAUCAAUAGUUUCGUAACACCCCAUGCUUAAGCGAAAAUAAGAAUUAAAGACGCAUCAAAGAGGUUCAUUGCAUACUCUACCCUAACAAGAUAGAUUUUUUAAAUGAUUUAUAUAGGUGAAAGACAUAGCACGGUUUUGAGAAAAGCAUUCCCCAAAAAUGUGGCCUGGGUUCAAUUCCAAGACCUCCACUUACAUGUGGGUUGAAAGAAAACACUCACAAUUUCUAAUUCGACCUGAAUGUGCCAUUACAAUAAUUAAUAAACUAUUGCUUAUUUAUUCAUUCAUGAAUUGAAUGAUUAAUUGUUGAUGGAGUGAUGGAUUGGUGGAUUUUCUUUCAUCUGAAAUGUUUACGUUUCAUUUGGUUUGUUUUGUUUCUUGAGGCAUUUUACGUGAUCUGAAGCACGCCACGUAUGAUACACGCGCGUGUGAUCACAGUCGUUAUAUGAACAAGUUCUUUUUAGAUCAGCGAACCUGAGGGAAGUAUAGCGAAUAUACGCAUUAAACCUUGGAGCUGAACGAUUUCUACGCUUAUGGCUAAAAGUUCCUUAUUGAAAUAAGAAUUUAAUGAAAUAUACAAGCUUAUAUUUCAGCAGUAAGGUAGCAAUUGCAAACAAUUUUUCAUCUCCAGUAACCUUUUCAUAUCUUAAUUUAAAAUCUUCCUUGAGUGGCUUUUUGUAACUGACAUCAAAAGUGAAAAGGUGACAAUGUGACUCAUUUGUCUCAACUCUAAAUGACACGGUGCAGCCAGUUUAAACGGUAACUACUAGAGACAUAAAUCAAAUUUUAAAAGGUCAUUAUAGUUUUCAAUACUGAUAUGAAAUUCCUUCUAUCUUUAAAAAAAAAAAAAAGAAGAAGCUGUUUCACCUUUUCACAUGAGAUUAUAAUCUUUUACCUUUAAAAACAAACGUUCGCUCGACUCUUUUUCUUUGCUCAGGAUUGCAUUUAAGUACGAAAAGAAAGUUUUUGUUAUUUCAAAUAAGUAGAAUGACAAGUACAAGAGUACUUCAUUCACGAGUUUAAUUUAAACACUGCAAAAAAUUAAAUUUGAGGCUAUAUUACCGGCGUGAUGCCGAGUAUAUAGGUUAAAAGGAGAAAUGUUAUAAUUACACGUGCAGCACGCUUGGUAAAUGUCAGUAAAAAACGUUUUCCUGUUAGGCAACAACAAGAACCGAACACCUCGCUUUCUGAAAUUCCGAAAACGUUGAUAUUCUGCCGAGGUCUGCAGGAAUUAAAUGAGCAUUUCAAUGUGUGCAAAAGAUUGACAAGAUUUCGAUAAACUGCAUUGAUACCCCCCAAAAAAAGGAUAGAAUAACAAAGUCUAACACAGCAGCACGGUUCUCCAACCCACGCAACUCAUAACUGAGUCAAACCACAUCAGAUCCAGAGAGCACCGUAAUGUUUCAUCGUUUUAUAUGCCGUUGUUUAGUCAUGUUAUUUGGAUUACCGUUGUCUCUUUUGGGACAUGAUGAUGGGACGUCUCUUCCACGAGGUAAGAUUUCUUUUGCCUAUAGGCAAAUCAAACAUUCCUUUAAUUACACGCUUUUAAAUCGUCCGCAAUUAAAAUAUUUCUUGGGGUUCAGAGAGCACUGAUCGCAGCCAUCGCUGAUGUUAUGAAAAUACACACAAGAUAUCAUCUCCUGAGUGGACAUAGCCGGUGGAAUAGUUCAAAAUAUUUUGGCGCAGAAUUUGAAGAAUCAUAAAGUGAGUCUGUAAAACUGUUUUGAUGGAUAUUUCCUGUUUCCUUGCAGGAACACCGGUUUUAAAGCAAAAGUUCACCUUUUCAUCCAAGACUUUCAAACAAAGUCUUUCAUCAAUAGACGAAUACUUUUAUCUCACUGCGCCUAAGGUUAGAACAUUCGCGGCAUUCGACGACUUCGAAUGCAUCUUUUCAUGCCUGAGGAAUCCUUCAUGCUGGUCAGUAAACUUGGCGGUGGCAAAGAAACGCGAUGCAAAGAUUUGGUGCGAGUUGCUGUCUUCUCAUAAGCAUAGAUUUCCUGAGGAAUUCAGAGAAAAUAGUACUUCACGUCACAUUUCCAUUAUGGUAGGGCUUUUUCCAACACACAAUAUUAUAAUACAGUGUAGCUUAAUUUCUAUGAAUUUAAGGUCUUUGUCACUAAACAUUUCUGGCCGCAAAGGCGAAGAAGUGACUAGUAUCUAUUCAAUUGAUGAGUGUGGUAUGUAUAAGUUUUUUUCAUCUUCUUUUGGUAGUCUCCAUGUUUUUCCUCCCCAUGCCAUAACGGUGGUAGCUGUGUGACAAGCCACAGAGAUCACUCGUUUGAAUGUGUAUGUAAAAAUGGCUUUUUCGGAGAAUAUUGCAAGAAAGGUUUGUACGCUUUCUUAAUUUGUUGUGAUUCCAUUGAUAUUGACAACGUUUGCUUUUUUUUUGUUUUUUAAUUGCGAAAUACCAUUUUUUAUUGUUUUUUUAGAGGGCACGGUAACGAAUCUUGCAAUCUGAUUGGUUCUUUACCCGGUCAGUAUUUUCCUAUCUCUACCCACGGGCCACGGUAACGCUUCCGUGAGUCGCCGAGUACAUCCCAACUUUCGUUGUCAUUUUUCAUAAAUAUACCUCGUUUUCCGGCUGGGCAGUAUUUUUAAGCAAACACGUCGGUCACUACCUCAAGCCGAUAAUUAACUUAUGAAUCCUCUCUUUUCUCUCUAUCAUAUCCCUUUGUUUGACAGAAAAAUAUUGGUUUCAGAAUGAAUUUGUAUAAGCAAUAGUGUCAUUAGGUUGGUUGACAAGCGGCCUAAAAACCGUCUGCAAUUAAUUUUAAUCGUUCACAAAAAGUACCCAGAAAGUUGAAACGUGAGGUAUUUGGUUACAGUUAAACUGAACGAUGGAACUUUCAUUCAUUUAAUAUCUGAAUUUUCUCGAGCAAUUUGUUCAUACUGAAAGAACGAGCGAAGUUUUAAUUUAAGUUCUACAACAAAUAUACGCUCCCGGUGAGUCUUUCCAAUUGCGUUCAAUUUGGACAUUUGUACCGUAAAUUGCACAACAGAAAUCGAAGGAAUUUUUUGAGAAAAAGCCGUAUUAAAUUCCCUUGUGUCUCGUUGGAGUGUGCCGUUCGAAUUUAGUUUUUGUGAAGGAAAGACCAGAGUUAAACACGCCAUUACAGCAAACAAACGAGCAAGCUCUCACAAUUUCAAAAUAAAAAAAUUGAAUUUACUCACAAUUACUUUCCUCGCCGUUUACUUAAUGAACAGAGGUAAAUCUUCGUACAUGAAUGAAUGGUCGAUGAGAGUGAAUAAUACUUUCCGUUAGAUCAUUGACUAAUUUUGAAGAAAACAUUGUCGUGACAGUCCUUGCCAAACUAGUUCUGUUGGUUUUCAAAUGUUCCUACGCUUUUUUUUUCUUGCGCGCUCUCUAAUUGACAGGUGUCAGAUUGUGACAGAUACUUGUAAAAAUAAUGUUUCAAAGUUUGUUUGGAAGCCUUUUAAAUCGCCUUUAUCGUUACGGAAAUGAAAAUGUUUCGUUGAGGUAUCUCUCUUAAAUUUGCAUCACCUCUAUUUCAACUACAAUUUACUCACUCAAAAAUUGUUCAGUUUAUGGAAGAUCUUGCCGUAUUAACGGCCAUAAAUCAUCCGGGUUCUUUCGGAAAGAAUUUCGUCAAGUUUAAAAACAAUAAAUAUGUUAUUUACCGGCUAAGGGUCGGUCCGUAUGGUGAAAAACUGCGACCUCGGUCUUGAAAAUGCUGCCCUCGGCCUAUGACCUCGGGCAGUAUUUUCAAGACCUCGGUCACAGUUUUUCACCAUACGGACCUCCCAGCCGGCAAAUAACAUAUAUAAAUUUUUACUCAGAAUAAGUCCACACCUCCAAAGUUCAGAGGCAUUGCUCAGGGAAGGGGUCCACGGGUGCAUAUGACAACCCCCACAGCCACAGAAUGAUUAUUUACAAAUUAUUACAACCAAGCUCACUUCAAAUACCAAUCAGAUGCUCAUGUAUAAAUUCCAAAAAGAAAGCAGAGCUUUCACUUUGGAGCUGAUGAAGAACCUUCCCACAUCUCAGACUCUAAAAAAGUUUUACUGUUCGGCAUUGAACCAUCAACCUGCGUUUAAAUUGAAUUGACUAAACUAUUUACUAUAGACAUAACUUAAGACACCAACUCGAAGUCCAUUUCAAAUACAAACCCUAACAUGAGCUCGAACACAUUCACUUCGAGGCUUUUGCUUAAAAACCACACUUUUCACUUCUUUUCCGUUCCUAGCGAUAUAAUGUAUUUCUCAGAUCAUCUUUUUAUCUUCCAGCUGUAAAAUCAUGCAAGGAGGUAUAUGAUGCAUCCAAGUAAGUUACCAUAACUGCUUGCUCUUUUAAACCGAUUUAUCUUGUAAUUUCCUCACCUAUGACGCUGAAGACACAGAUGUGACCAGGUGGUUGGAAUCCCUUUGGACCAGAAAAUAAUAUUUCAUAGAGUUUACCGCGAAAAUAUUAAUGUUAUAAAUUUGUUUAAUGAAGAUAAAUAAUUACUUCCUUACCUUCUCGAACUCAACUUUAACAGAUCAAAUACGAGUAAACUGGUUUCCCUUCAUCUGGGCUCACAGCCAACGACAGUUCUCUGUCACAUGGGAGAUUUUGGAUGUGGACAUGGAGGAUGGACGCCAGUCAUGAAGAUUAACGGCAACAAGGUACCAUGCGGAAUCGAUUUUUUAUCGAUUGCGUGCCAUGAUCGACCACUUGAGAGAUAUUUCUCCACAGGUGCUGACUGACUUAUUGACAACGAGGGCGACUUCCGCUCUCUGUUCAUGUCUCUGGCUGACAUCUCCUUGACUAAGGGGUAGAUACUUUAUGUCAAAUGGGUUGGGAGGAGGGAUCGUCUCAAACUUUCUAAAAACGAUCAGGAGGAUAUGGUGGAUAAUUAAAAAAGCAGUAAUGAAUUUAUAUCAUAUUAUAAAUUAUUCUCCCAGAGUACCUUUCACUAUGAUUCUGGUUACUGGAGUAAUAAAACUGAAUACAACACUGCUGGAGGGGAGACUGGAUUCGACUCACAAGAGACCAAGUUGCCUACUUACUGGGACACGUCCUUCUCCAAGAUCUGUCUCGGUAUGAAGAUCGGUGAACAGAUCAGAUUCAUUGUAAUCAAUAUGAAGGCCAGCUCUCUUUACUCAUUGAUCGCUGACGGAAAAUACCGAAACACCUCGUUGGGUCGUGACUCGUGGAAGACACUCAUUGGCUCAGAGGCCUCCCUGCAGUCUGACUGUAACAAGGAAGGGUUUAAUGUUAUCUGUGGUGGGUCUGGUUUUUCCAAAGCCAGAAUCGGCAUAGCUACUAACAACCAGAAUCACUGCAAUUCUUGCGACUCCAGGAUUGGGUUUGGUACAGGAGGGCACCCUGAUGACUCUAACACAUGUGGAAACGAGGCUUCGCUUUCACCGGAUAAAGGAGAUAAACACAUUAAAGCCAUGGGUUACAUUUUGGUGUAUUGAAACCAAGAGAAAUAUGCGGAAAGUUUGUUCAAAUGUUAAGAUUGGAUUCAGACAGAUUCAAUAAUAAAUAAAAAAGCCUAUUUCGAAAAUCUUAAAUGUAACGAACAUUCGAAGUAGACUUUGUUUUCGUAAUCGUUUUGUUUUGAUUUAAAGUAGGGAAAAAGUUCUGUUUUGUUUCUUUGUCGAGUUUACGCCCCAAUUUUCCUAGUGUACUUUUCUUCACACUUUUAAUUACCUACUUAGCUAGCAUUCCUGAUAAACCAGUUUGCAAUUGUAUGCGUGGCCUAUACCCUUAUAGUGGCACGUCCCUUAAGUGUCGAGUCAGUUGGAGUUAGGAGAUCGACGGAGAUAGAUCAGAGCUUCUUUUUACACAAGAUUGUUCCAAUUACGUAACGUUGCAGUUUCUCUAAACCCGUAAAGACAGGAUCAGACGCAAGUUCCAGCCUGUUGUAUUUAGUUUCCUUUUCUUUUCGACUUCGCUUGUUUUGUAACUAGUCUCAGCCCAUUUUUUGAUCUUGUACAUUACAAUUUCCUUUUCUCAGUUUUCACCGCAUGUGUACGAUAGUCAAACGAUAGCAUUAAACGUUGUUGAAUCAACUUGUGUUGUCGAUUCCUACACUGUGGUUGACACUCCGGACCUCCCCGAACUCCAGUGCACAACACCCCGUGUCCGUUGCACUGGUUAGGCGAACUUAAAACAUGUGUUGUUUUUUUUUCCGUUGUAUACAUCAAUGACUCUUCAAUUUUAUUCGAGCCUUUUUUCGAUUGUCUCGUUAGGCCGGAACGUCGUUCGCACAUUUACUUUGGCAAAAGAAAUUGUUGAGGAAGACUCAAACCGUUCUCCGAUACGUUUGAAAGCAAAACUUGACAACGGCACCGAUUUUGAAGGAAAACUCGCUAAUGUAAAAUUCUGUCAUGAGAUUUUCACUAUCAGAUUAUGUUAUCUGCAUGACAGAAUCUUCGUUGCUGUUGUGCAUCGUAAUGCACAACAGCAUAAAGGUUACGCGUACCCAAUCCAGACCCUAUCGCUUAAAGUAGGCAAGCCGUAAGCAAUGAAAGAGUAGCGAUCCACAUCCGAAGUGACUCCAUCGUGAGAUAAACGAUUAUUUUUCUCUUUUGAUGAAAGUGUGAUUAAAUACGAUAAAAAACCACAAGCUUUUUUACGAUAAGAAACCUACAGUCGUGCUUUACAGCACCAAUGAAAAUGGGCUCUGAGGACCGUAUACUGUGGGUCCUCUUAACAGACAAAUGGUAUUACAAUCAAAUAUAAUGAUUCUCGUUUUUAUUAAUCAAUCUUGGGUUUGGCCCAUUCCCCGCACGGUUAUAAUCUGGAUACGAGAAGUUCUCUGAUAUGGAUUGAUUUUCUUGUCAUGUCUUGCCUAUGGUUUUUUUCAUUUCCUUUUGUUUGAGGGAAUCCUUCGACCCCAUUGAGACUCUCGUAUCUAAGGUCGUUAGACUGAAAGCGAAAAAACAACACCCAAAUAUGCGACCUGAAAUCCACCAGAAAAGGUUCAAGAAAGUUUAGACUCACCAUAUUGGGAUUCAUCAGAAAAUGAAUUAAAGCCUUCAAAGGCUCAGAUGCCGAUUUGAUUUUAGACAUGUGCUGUACUGUAAAAUGAAAAGAGCCAAAUUGACCCCAAAAGCCAAAUUAUUUAAUUUCUCGAGGACCAGUUUGGCCCAUCAAGGUUCGUUUUGGACUAUUUGAGCCAAAACGGGCGGGACAGGUACCAUUUCGACCCUUCCAAAAUCUGAAUUGGCCCCUAUGAAUUCUACUUUGGAACUUUUUCUUAAUUUGGCCCUUCCAAGAGCCAAGUAGGAUUGACCAAUUUGGCCCCAACGAGGUGCAAUUUUUGAAAAAAAAAGAAAAUAUAAAAAUAAUUUUCUUUUUUCGACCAUAUUUCGUUCCCUAUACUAUUCCUUAUAAAAUGUUCAAAUUUUCAACGGUUCCUCUCGUAACUGAACACCGAGUCACACAACGAAUUAAUCGUUGGCUUUUUCUCGAGACGUGAGCGUGAGCUGCCUGUGAUGGCAUUAGUCGAACAUAAACCGCGUGUGUCGGACACAAGAAUGAAUUAUAGCAGCGAACUCAUCACUGAAGAGGCUGUUUCUUUGGCUCCAGUCGCAUGGAAUGAGACUUAAGAAAGGAUAGGUAAGCGAAAGAAAUUUGUUUAACAACGCAUUUUACUGGAUUUUUACAAACACAAACUUGACCGCUUCAUUGAUCUUUGUUCGUACCUUAUAUCGCAGAAAAGGACGGUUGCGAUGGCCAAGAUCUCCUUGCCAUUACCCAAGAUGCAGACGAACCGAGACAAUACUUCCCUAUUACAGAAGAGCGUCUAAAGCUCAAUAAAAUUUAUUGCAAUGAACGCUGAACCCAAAGAUGACACGAGUUCUUCGUCGGUACGUUAAUUCAUUUUCCCACCAGAGAAUUUGACGCAUGCAUGGUUCGCCUUUUCUCCUGAGCAUUGCUGAGUCUUAGUGGUUUCACAACUAAGGUCAUGUGACCUAAUUUUGGCGCCGAGAGAUAGAGACGGUUACAGUUCGAAUACUGUGAUUGUUCAAGAUGGACUCUGAUUUUAGGAUCUCUCAAGUUCUGAAUUCUUAAUCUUUUUCUGAUAAUUUUAUGUCUAUGUCUUGGUUUGUAUCCACUUAAGCUGAUUUUUUUGGCUUUCUCUCUUUCAGCGUGCAGAAUCAAGUCCUUCGAGUAGGACGUUUCAAACGUCGAUUGAUGAUUCAGAAAACAUCAGCGAUUAAGAACAUUUACAAGUGAUAUCGGCAUCUACAGAAAAGGGCAAAUUGCCCAAGGAUCUCUGUCUUACGGACGAAGCGACAGACCUGAGCACUGUCUAAGUAAGUUCUUGUAUAUUAAACUUAGCAGGAUGGUGAAGAGUACAUUAUCGAUUACUUUCUUUCGAUUAUAUCCUAAAGGAAAACACACAAGGUGCCAGUUGGUCAGUUAAAGAUGACAAAUCUCGGGGAUUGCACCUACAAAAAUGGCGAGAUUUGCUUUAUUUUUAUUGAAAUAUAUUAGAUAUGUAUUUACUUGCACCAUGCAUAAAACAAAGUAAACCCAAUUUUUAAAUCUGGUAAAUUAAAAAAUUAGUGAAUUGAUAGGAUGUUAUCAGACAGUUUAAUUUUUUUGAAAACAAAUAUUUACCUACAGGUUCCUCCUGAAUGGCUUUCAAAAUUCCAACUACCAUCGAGGGUAAGAAACUUUUCUUUGUUUUGUUUUUUAAGUCUACAAGCAAUCCUUAUUUAUUCAUGAAUACUGAACUAAAACUGAAGUGCAAAGAGGUAUGAUUUCUUUUCUUGAUAAGUACAUAUACAGUUUGGUGAAAAUACAUCAUUGAUGAUCACCAUUAUUGUGCUUUUCCUUCUUAUGUACAGUUUGCUUACAAAUAUUUUGCAACUUUGUAGUUGCAAAAAUUUACUGUUCUCCAACAACAAAUUAAUUUGCUCAUUUGUUUGUUUUUUUGUACAGUUCUCUGCCUCAGUAGAGUUGGAUACCCAGAAGGGAUAUCUCAUCAGCAGCCUAAAGUACUCUGAGCAACAGUGGAUUGCAAAACAAAAAUUAUUGCAGAGUAUCCUUGUAUGGUUAGCAGGAUACUACACUAAGUUGACUUGGAAACUGAAUGGAUUGGUAUGGUCUAAAAAUCUAUUGCUUCACCUCUUCUGCUUGCAGUGAAGAGAGACAAUUUUGUGGUGCUGAAUCUCUUGCCUUAAACUAAAAGUUGCAAAAUAAUCACUCUCACCUUUUAAGUUCAUGACCUUUGUUCUUGUGUGUUUGUCAUCACAUGUAUUUAAUGAAGUUGUGACCAUUUUGGAGGUACAAGUCCAAAAAACUGCUACUUUGGUACUAAGAUGAACAGCUAAAAUUUUUGAGCCCAUUUGCCAAUGAAGUCCAGAUACAAAGGUUCAAGUACUUUGGGGUUGUAUUCAUUUUGCCUUUUUGUUUAAUUUUUUUGAUUUUGCAAUUUUUUAAAAUAUUCCUGUUGUCAAACCAUUAGAUAAAUAUUGCACAUAGAAUAGCUGAUUUUUUUCAGAUAUUUUGGGAGUCAUACAUUAGUUUUUCAAGUCUUGAAUGGGAGACAAAUUACACACAUUGAGCUAAACUUCCACUUCCAUUUCUAAUGUUUUAGCUUAUAGUUUUAGAAAAACAAUACAUAUAUAUAUAUAUAUAUACACUUAAAUGUGGGGGUAGAGUCUACCUUGGCAUAAAGCGCUCAAUGCUGUGGUAGCAGAGCUAAGUAUACAUAAGUUAAAGAAUUAAAGAGGACACAUCAAUUCUCUGUGACUCUGAAUUUCACUUAUUGCAUAGAGUAGCUUAUGUUGAUUAAGCAAUCAGAGAUUAUGUCCAGCACAAAUUUUAAUUGUUGGAGAUCUUCAAUACAUCAAUCACCUGAAUAUAGUAACAGAGGGAAGUGUAAUUUUGUCACUUCUCACAAGAAAAGAUUCUUGAUGCUCUCAUUGGGUUACUUGGCUCAUUUAUAUUUUCUUACAAUCGGUCAAAGGCAAUUUUGACUUUUUUUAGAGCAAGCAUUGCUUGAAAUUGGGCACAGGUAUACUCUUUUCACUGUUUCCUUUAUUUUCAAUGACUUGGCAAAUGUCUGCAGUAGUACUUGCUGAUAGUUUAUAUUUUGAUAAUAUCUAGAGUAGCAAUAUGAGUGCGUGUAUUCUCACAUCCACUGGAAGAAUACUCUUUGCUGCUCUAAGGCUCUUUGUUUUUCAUAUGCACAAAUCAAACAAGAUCUAUAUUCUUGUGCAGGAACUGGACCAUUUGUUGCCUCUGUCUUAUUUUUAUAAUUUUCUGUACUUUAAAUCAGUCUUAAUUAUAAGCUGCUUUACAUUACCACAUUUGCUAAGUCAUUGAAAAGGGAAGCUUUACUCACAAGUGUCUCUUGGGUGUAAUUUCUUGCAAUGCUUGCACUGUUAAGAAGUAUACUGAUUUAGGGAAGAGAUCUAUUUUAGAAAAUGGUUGAAUUAAUGUUAAAUAUGUAUGUAUGUUAUAUUCUUUCACAUGAUGUUCAAAGUUUGUCUGUUUUAUACCACAAUUAAGAUUCGUAAUAACUGUAAAAUCAGGUAACGUAAAAGGUUAUUACAUAAACAAUAUUUAGAACCUAAUAAAUGAGUGUUUGAAAGAUAAAGUAUGUGGUGUAUUUUCAUUAUUUGAAUGUAAGGGGGAAAAUCAGCAUGGGGAGGAAAGAGCCCUCUACUUCUGAAGUGGCCCACAUCGGAGCUGAAUUGGCUCUUUUUAAAGGGGCCAUUUGUGAGAGGACUGAAAUUCCGGGGGCUGUUUUGGCCCCUAUAAAUUUUAAAGUGGCCCCUGUAUUUUUCAAAUUCACCCUUCACAUGGUCCAAUUUGGCCCCCAUCAACGGGGUCAAUUCAGCCCCAAAAUUGGUGCCAAAAACAGCCCCAUUUCAAUGGGGCCUAAUUGACCCUAAGCGAGUGCCAAACUGGACUCACUCGUUUUGGCCCUAUUUUUGGGGCCAAAUCAACUCUUUUAAUUUUACAGGAAAAUUUUGCCUCGUUUUCGUGCCGUUUACUAGUCAGUUUUGGGAAAAGGUUAGCCUCGACUUGUACAAGACUGACUGAACACAGGAACACGAGAAACUAAUGUAAGCAAUAUAAUUUCCGAACAUCAACGACUGACAUGUCUUACGAUAGGCUGGGACUGAAAAAAUGAUCAGUCCUAAUUGGCUCAUUAUCUCAGCUGGUAGAGCAGUACACCGGUAUCGCAGAGGUCAUAGGUUCAAAUCCGAUACCAGCCUAACUUUUCAAGGCUUUAUUUUCACUACUGUUUAAGUAGUGUUCAUAACGACCUGAGUAGCAAACUUCUGAUUGGCGGAAAUCAACACGGCAAUUUCAACGCGUCCAGCUUUCAGUUCGGUUACUCACGCUUCCGAUCCACCAAUAACACCUUUCAAAUAUCACGCAUAAAAAAGAGUUCAUGACACUGCGAGGAAGAAUAUUAAACCACGAGAUAUUUUAAUUCCGAAAGCUAUUUUCUGCUUCUCGCUGCGGUCAAGAUCUUGCUGUUGCAAGACGCUCAACUAAGUUACCGAUCACCAAAUGGUCAAAGCAUGGUUCGACGGUUGCUGCUCUGUCUGAAAGAGGUUUCAUCAAGGACCUAUCUAUUGCAGUGGAUGUUGAAAUUAAUCCGGGUCCGGAAAAUUUUAACUACAUGCCGACUGCUUCACUUCAAACUUCAAGACCUAGAUUUUCUUUCAGUCGACGUAAUUUAUUUCAACUUCGCUCCUGUUGUCCUAAGGUUAAACUGGAUUAUUAUCUUAUUCAUCGCUUAAAGUCAUUGGGAAUUUAUAGAGCUAGAGGUCGUAGAGCUGGUGUUAAUUCUAGAUUUGGAUCUCGUCAACAACAUCACAAGAUUCCAGUUCGUGUCACUGACCACUGUUUUUAUCAACGACCAAACGCGCACGACUUCGACCCAAGGAUACAAAUUUGCAUUUCAUUUCUACUCACUCUUCUUCUUUACCCCGAAUAAUCCCCAAAUGUAUGGUCAUUAAUGCAAGAUCACUUGUGAAAGUUGAUGCUGCUUCUGCUUUGCAUAUGGAAUUGCACUCAAACAACUGCGAUAUUUGCAUCAUCUCGAGACAUGGCUUAAACCAAAUUUUCCAUCUCAUCUCGUUUGUCCGAAGGAUUACUCAAUUUUGCGAAAGGAUAGAACUGACCGGUCAGGCGGUGGUGUUGCUAUUGUCUGUAGGAGCGAUUGGUUGUUGGA